AUUGCACACGACAUGCUGUAGUACGCUGUAGGCCCGCCUGCUACUAGGCAGACAACUCUCUAGCCUCUGUACUCAACUCCAUUUACAUUGAUGAUCAUGCCUAGGGGAUUCACUCGGUCGUUCAUCUCCUGGUUGAGGCUCAUUUUUAGGACCACCGCAUUUCGGUCGUAUACGGGCAUUCUCUCUCUCCUCCUGCGGCUGUUUCGACAUUGCCAAGCUAUCAUUGGUGGAAAAGAGAGAGCUGCUCGCGAACCGGGUUUGGCGCUGAGCUCUCAGCAGGCACCUGUCAGCCAAGACAAGACAACUUCUGUGACGCUCGCAGUGCCAUUGUCACCUCGACAAAGCGAUGGGUCGAACGGCGUAGUUUCUAACACCGAGUCUCUUCAGAACUCUUAUGCGCCAUGGAUACCAAACACUAUGCCCGAGCCCAGCGUCAGCACGAGUGUCGCCACACCACCGCAUCCUGUGGCCCCAGGACAAUCCUUUGAUGAUAGUAUCAGUCUAAUUCCUACUAUACCUGGACAGAUCAAGCGAUACGAGAGGAGUGAAGUUCAAGGCAAUUAUGCAGUGUAUGAGGUUCCGAAAGGUCCUUUGGACUGUUCAGAGGAACUUGCUCCGGUGUCAGGAUGGGAACCGCUCACGCACCCAGAAGGCGCUUUGUUUUUCUAUCACCCAUAUAAAAGAGUUUUCACUGACGCUGAUAUUCGAGCCCCUGAUAUGGUAGCUAAAAUGGGUAAGGCUGUUGAUAAGGUGUACAAAGAGGCGGAAAAUGCAAGCAUCGACUUGCAUCCAUCUGUAGAAUUAGUUUUGGAGCUCACGGAGGGGGGUGCGGAUGAGGAAUGGGGCUAUUACUUUGCCGAUCACAACGAACGUGUCAUUUUCUGGUUCGAACCCAACAGAUCUAGCGAUCUCAUUGGCAACGUCCGAGGUGUAAAGUGCAGGAAUCACAUCAGGUAUGCACUAGAGUCACAGUACUGGGCGCACAUCGAAUUAUAUCCAAACAAACGCUGCCUUCCAAAAGGUGAUGUUGUGAGACUCAGGGAAAUUGUUAUGUGUAUCCAGGCAGACAACAUCACUUCUGACACGUGCCUAGCACCUUUUUCUUCGGAAGAGGUUGCAAGUAUGCUUGGCCUUAUGGAUCCCCUCAUGAACAGCGCUGACAGUGAGCAUGAGCAUGGGCACGAGCAUUCUGUGUGGAUCGUCGCUCGAUUUAUGGGAGAAUUCUGCAAUGUCAAAUUUGUAAACUUCUGUGGACAACCGGGCGCCCGACUUAACGCAGACCAGUCGCUAUAUGGAGAUUCCAAUACCCCCUCGAAUAAUAUCCUUCUUCGCGUCAUGAAUGUCAUACUGUUUGGAUCCCCUGAUGCUCAUAACAAGGCUCUCCAGAAGAUAUGGGUCGAUUCUACCAUCGUUCAGCCGCGGUGGAAGAAUUUUAUCAACAGACUCAAUAGUGAAUGGAAUGGAUUUACAAUAUUCUCUACUGUGAUGCUUGCUGUAGAUAUUAGCUUUCUCGCGGUACCAUCCGUCCAGACUCAAACAGCUGCGAUUCUUGUUUCAUAUAUGUCUGCCCUCUGCGCUAUGGGCUCGUUAGUGGUCUCACUAGUCUUGGCCGGACAAGUCAACGACAGCCGACGAGACUCCGCUAAAAGCGUUGCCUCGUUUAUGCAAGGCAUGUCGGGUUCUGUUCUCGGCCUCGAAAGCCUUGCCCUCAUGCUCAGUCUGCCAUAUGCUCUUCUGAUUUGGGGAAUGAUAUUCUUUGCUGCAGCAUUGUCCAUUAUAAUUUUCAGCACUUCUGGUGUCAUCACCAUCUCGAUUAUAUCUCCCAUUUGGGUCGCUAUUUUUGCCCUGGCGACAUGGCCGGUACUGGCUUCCAAUGAUGUUCAUAUUUCCCACCUGCGUCUCUGGAUCAAAAAGCAGAUCGACUCGCAUCCUAUAUUGUCGUGGGUCACCACUAGGUCUCGCGUCGAGUCUGAGGUGUAGUUUGUCGUGAUUUUUGGGAUUUUGUAUGAUGUUCACUUGUUGUAUUUGGUGUUUUUGGUUGUUCUAUGUGAUACCCGAUUCCUCCUAUAUAUUCAUCCAUGGACUUAGCAG